AUAAUUCUUCCUCCAUCUCUUACUCUCUUCGCCACUAUUUUUAAUUCAUUCAUAUAUUAUUAAACUGCAUAUUGGUAAAUAUGGUUUAUAUAAUUGGAUGUUUGUUUGUUUCGAUAUACUGAUAUUCUCUAAAUAAUUAUUGCACACAGUUCUCACUCUUCUGACUUUUCUUCAAUUUACUCCUCUUCUUCCUCUACAAGAAUCAAUCAAUUCUGUUUGCUUUAAAUUCAGAUUUGUGCGUUUCUUUUAAUUUUUCGGAAUGGAGAUAUCAAAUUCUGAAGCUACGAAUAUUGAUUCCGCGUCGCCAAGCAAUGGAGGGGGCCAAAUCCUACAGUUCCCCUCAAUCCGGUUCCUGCGCUCCCCGGUUUCAUCCCUAAUUGAAUACUCCGGUUUGCUCCGGGUCCGACCCGACUACCGCUACUCUCAAGCCCUACCUCUAAUACCGGAGAGAAACGCUCAAAUUCCGGAGUCCGUUGACGGCGGCGAUGAAGCUAGUGGCAGUGGCAGUGGGAAUUCUGGCAAUAACAGUAACAGUGGGGAAGUUUCGAUUCGGAUUAUCGGGGAGCAGGAUAGAGCUGCGAGUAAUGGGGAGAAUGUGGCGGGAUUGGGUGCGGAGGAGUCCACGGUUGGGGGUGAUGAUGUUAAUCGGAGCGCGGCGGGUGAUGAUAAUAGUAAUAGGGAAGGAUCGUCGUACCAGAGGUACGAUAUACAGCAGGCGGCCAGGUGGAUUGAGCAGAUUCUUCCGUUUUCCUUGCUAUUGUUGGUUGUUUUCAUCCGCCAGCACUUGCAAGGAUUUGCUGUUACCAUUUAUUCCACUGCCAUCUUAUUGAAGUCCAAUGACAUUCUUCGGAAGCAAACUGCUCUAAAGGGAGAAAGAAGGAUGAGCGUCCUAGUUGGUUAUUUGUUCUUCUUCAUGCUUCAUAUCUUUGGAAUAUACUGGUGGCAUCGUAAGGACGACCUCUUUUAUCCACUACUCAUGAUUCCUCCAAAGGCAAUCCCACCUUUCUGGCACGCUAUAUUUGUCAUCCUGGUUAAUGAUAUAAUGGCACGUCAGGCAGCAAUGGCUGUGAAGCUGGUUCUGCUAAUGUAUUAUAAGAAUGGUAGAGGACACAAUUUUCGUAGACAGGGGCAAAUGUUGACUCUGAUCGAAUAUGCACUGCUUCUGUAUCGUGCUUUGUUACCAACCCCUGUAUGGUAUAGAUUCUUCUUGAACAAAACAUACGGGAGUCUCUUUUCAUCAUUAACAACCGGACUUUAUUUAACUUUCAAGCUAACAUCAAUUGUUGAGAAAGUUCAAUCUUUCUUUGCAUCCUUAAAGGCAUUAUCCCGAAAGGAAAUCCAUUAUGGAUCUGUUGCAACGUCAGAACAGGUGAAUGCAGCUGGAGACUUAUGUGCCAUAUGCCAGGAGAAGAUGCAUGCACCCAUUUUGUUACGCUGCAAGCAUAUUUUCUGUGAAGAUUGUGUUUCAGAAUGGUUCGAACGAGAGAGAACUUGCCCUCUGUGCAGAGCACUAGUUCGACCUGCUGAUCUUCAAUCGUAUGGGGAUGGAUCGACUAAUCUAUUCUUCCAGCUGUUUUAAUGGCGUGCCUAUUCCCUAACCUGCUCAGCCUCCAUUCCACAGCAAAAAAAAACUGCACAGGCAUUGGAUGGAGACGACCAAAUUUGGGCACGCAACAUAUGUUUAUAUACAUAUUUAAGAUAUAUUAUAAAUAGGUUUGACAAAACGUGUGAAAAGAGCAGUAUGGUGAGGGGUAUUAACCUUCCAUAUAUCCACAUGAUGUUUAUUUUUUCUUUUUUAAUAUUUUUCUUUUCCUUUUUAAACUUUUGAAAUUAAUUAAUGAUGGAAAUAUAUUUGGUAUGAAUUGACAUAA